ACAUGCACCAAAUAACCAUGGCGGCAUCUAACAAGAUUGCAGCGGCACAUGUCGUCUUCGUCCUUGCCUUGCUCCUUGUGGCCUAUCGUGCGGAGGCAACUGUCUGCAUGAGGCAUAACAAUUUCUAUCACGGCCCAUGCAUGAGCAACAAGGACUGUGCCAACUCGUGCGUUCAACAUAACCUCGGUGUCGGCGGGUAUUGCAGGGGCAAGAUCCCAUUCAACAAAGAAUGCAUGUGUACAUUUGAAUGCCCAUGAGUCAAAAGCCACUAUAUCUGACGGGCGCAACUUGUUAUAUAUCUAGGGAUGGGAUGUCGUUUGGCAUGUCCUCCAUUUUGAAAGUGUCCAAGUGAGACUUUAUACAUAUAUGCAGUUGAGAGAUGGAAUUAAUAAUAAGAGCAAACAAUUAUGUUGUUGUGCAUGUUUUAAG